AUGGGAACAGCCAUUCUUCGUUCCCACGAUUGCCUCCAAGGCCGAUUUCCCAACGAAGCCUUCGCCAUCGCCACGUCACGCGUAGCGUCGCGAAGAAACUCUAACCCCACCCACAACCAUACCUUCACCUCCUCCGCCCAUCAGAAGAACCGCCGGAAGCGGAGUCCGGUCACAGAUCGUGACCGCCGUCGAUCCGACCGAUCGCCGGCGAAUCUCGUCAUGGGACAAGUUAAGAUCCUGAAGCGUGGCGAGAAAUUGAUACUACAGAACAAUCAUCCCGAGGUUAGAUCGAAGAGGGAGAUGGGCCUGGAUUUGUUAUUGGGCUCGACGGACCGGUUGGGCCCGGAUCCUCUAAUCGUGCGGGAGCAGAUUAGGGUUUCGGAUCCAAACAACGGCGUGUACGCGGGAUCGGCGUUCGUUUCAUCGCCGCAUCCGAGUUCCGUUCCGGUACCGGGGUUUGUAGGGCGCAACGGCGCGGCCACCAGCGAUCUGCGGCGGUUGCUGCGACUCGAUAUGGAAUGA